CUAUGUUUUUGUUCUAAAUAUAGGAAUCGGUGAGAAUAAAUGUUGCUUUCAGGCCUUGAUAUGGAUAUUUGUAAGAUGACGGAUCGGGAUGAUGGAGCUCAUGUAGAGAUUGUGAGUGAAGGGGCUGCUGGUCGAGAAAAGAAUGAGAACAUGGACGAUGAUGAAGGGCGCGAGAUGGAUGUGGAAAGACCCGGUGCUCCUAGAGCAGAAAGACCACUCGCGUUCAGUAUCGAUCGGAUACUUGGUCUCCCUGGUUAUACAUUCCAAAACAAUAACCCACUUCAUCGUAACUAUUCAUCUCUUCGUAUCGGUACCACCUCCGAUAAUGUAGCCCGACGGCCGCCCGAGACCGUCCCGAGUGCUAACAGCGGUAGAGGCGGGAGCAGGGGCUCGGGAUCGUUGACCCAUUCGACGACGUCUGCUAUACCUUCGUCUAUGGUUCUAGAAUCUGAGGGAAUGAAUAGCGUUAGUGUUUCUCAUUCUUCCGGGACCCUAAUACGAGUCCCUGCUCAUCGUCCAAUCCCACUGACCCCAAGGACAUAUUUUCCAUGGAUGGAGACAAGACGAUUCCCUCGAGACAGGUUAUCAGUGGUACCGCGUCGGAUCGGGCACCCUUACCAGAAUCGAACGCCGUCCAAACGCAAAAAGCCGCGGACUUCAUUCACUCGGCUCCAGAUCUGCGAGCUGGAGAAAAGAUUUCACCGGCAGAAGUACCUCGCCUCCGCCGAACGAGCCAGCCUUGCUCUAUCCCUCAAAAUGACAGAUGCUCAGGUGAAAACAUGGUUUCAAAACAGGCGCACUAAAUGGAGGCGACAAACAGCAGAAGAGCGUGAAGCUGAGAGACAGGCUGCAGCUCGUUUUAUGUUUUCCCUUCAACAUGAAAUGAUGAUGAAGAACAUGCAAGACCCACCACCACCAGACCCAUUGUGUGCACAUAACGCGUCUCUGAAUGCCCUUCAGAAUUUACAACCUUGGUUGUCGAAUGUCCACGGAGGAAAAGUCGCGAGUAGUUCGUCAAGCACCUCUGAGACAUCUGCUUCAGCCCAGGGAGCGCCCUCAACCUGCUCAGCAUCAGCUAGUGCAGGAGCCCCGAUGCUCUCUUCAUCAACUAGCUCAUCUGGCUCUGUGAAUAGCAUACCUGCUCGAUAUUCUCAAGAAAGCUCAUCCGAUGAUGAAAGGCCGUCAAGAGUAACUGAUAAAUCCCUCCCUCGAGAAUCCUUAAAAGCAUCCAAUAAAAGCCGCUCCUGCGAUUUAGACCUCUGUACCUCUCCUCGAGAUGUCCCAUCUAGCAGUCAUGUGGAUGAGAGUGCUGAAACUCUCUCCGAUAACGGAUCAGGGAUCGAAGAUUGCUGCGAUGAAAGUCCGCUGAUGUAUGGCACGGACUGAACAACGUCCGGACUCAAGAACUUUGUUGUAGGGUUUAUCUCCGUGUCAAGAACUGUAUUGUUCAAAUGACAAACAAAAAACUUCAGAGUCACUUGGUGAUCUUUUCCAUCUAGCCAAUAUCUAAUUGGAGUAGAUUACCCGCCCCAUACCGUAAAAAAAGAAAUUACGGUUUCUACGAGUUGUCUGAUCUAUUCCAUCU